CGAGCAGAUGUGGCCGUGCCAUCGCUGCUCCCCGCUCCAGCCUCUCUGCUGAGCCUCGCGGAGGAAUGCCGCGGCAGCAGUCCGGUACCCCGCUUAACUUCUGAAGCUUUCGGUUCGGGCUGUGACAUGAGAUUGAGCCACGUAUGCUUGGCGGUGCGGGGAUGGAUGGACUCCCGGUGGUGCAGCGACCCGUCGUUUCCCCGCUCUGUGCUUCUGCACUGAGGAGGGGAAGGGGGGCUGUGCCGUGCCGUGCCGGUCUCCGAGAUGCUCGGUUCGGAUGCAGCUCCCUCGGGAGAAUCUAUAAAGCUGUGGCCUCCAGGAUGGAUUUCCUCUGGAUCUGCCUCAUCCUGUUGGCAAUGGUGCUGCCCGAAGGCAGCCUGGCAGACCUGGAGAAGCAGAGGAUGGGCUCUGGAUUGGAGAUCUAUAAGAAGCUGUUUGAGGUGAAGCGCAAGGACCAGAUGAAUGCCCUGAAGAACCUCAUCGAGCUCAAUGACAUCAACCAACAGUAUAAAAUCAUUGACAUCAUGCUCAAGGGACUCUUCAAAGUGCUGGAGGACUCCCGGGCUGUACUCAUAGCUGCAGAUGUGCCCCCAGAUGGGCCUUUCCCCCAGGAUGAGAAGCUGAAGGAUGCGUACUCCCAUGUGGUGGAGAACACAGCCUUUUUCGGGGACGUCGUGCUGCGCUUCCCCAAGAUUGUGCACCACUACUUCGACCGCAACUCCAACUGGAACAACCUGAUCCGUUGGGGCAUCGGCUUCUGCAACCUGACGGGCGUCUUUGAGCAGGGGCCCCACUCCCAGCUCCUGGGGCUGAUGGCUCAGGAGCUGGGCAUCAGUGAGAAGUCCCCCAAUUACCGCAAUCCCUUCAAAGCUGACCACUCUGAGGAGAUGCCAAGCUCCAGCUCCACUCUCCCUCAAAACACUGAAUUUGUCAUUUCCUUCGCACUUCCAUCUCCUGCCCACCCCAGUUCUUCCCCAGCGCUGACACCUUCCAGAAGGCGCUGCGUGAGGAGGAGAAGCGGCGCCGGAAGGAGGAGAAGCGCAAGGAGAUCCGCAAGGGCCCGCGCAUCUCUCGCUCGCAGUCUGAGCUGUAGGCCCGGGUGGGCCGGGACCUGCGUCGAUGCAGCCGCUCCCACCCGCGGCUGGGCUGGGGAUGCCCCGUCAGCCGUUUCUGUGAGUUUCAGGGUGGAUUUUGGUUUUUCAGCCGAUGCGGCCCAGUGGUCCCACGGCCGCAGAGUGGGGCUAUCCCCGAGCAGCGGGCGCUGGGACACCUCACGUCAGAUGGGUCAAAGCCGUGUGCUGGGGACGGGGCAUGCGUUGUUUUUCUGGAAUAAAUCGGAACGGUUGUUAUUUUUUUUACGACGAGGCUUCUUGCUCGCUGCCAUGGAGAAGGCGGUGGGCAGGGCCGGGGGCGCGGCGAGGGGCUCACGCCCGUGGGCUCGGUCACGCCCCCUCAUGAAUAUGCAGCGCGGGAGGCGGGGGGCGUGGUCUCGCAUGCAAAUCGCAGCUGCUGAUCGCCGACGCGCCAUCACGCCACGCGGCGCCGCGCGUUCCCAUUGGCUGCCGCCGACCUGGUCCCAAUGACAGCGCGCGGGGGGGCGGGGCCAGGCAGGUGGGGGCGGGGCCGGGGCGGUGCAAGAUGGC